GUCAAAGGACGCGUUACGGCGUCGGUCAUACGGCGCGUAUAAUUAACAAGGAUUUCGAUAAUAAACAAAUUAUUGCAAAAUUAGUUCCGGGUUCAGUGAUUUUUCUUGUACUUCCGCUUCAAGUCUUGCCAUAUUUAUUUGUUUAUUUUUUGGCUUGUGUUUGUCGGUCUUCCCCAUGUUUUUUUUUUGUGAUUAUCGGUUAUUGCAUUGACUUCAUACCUCUUUAUCGAUAAACAUACACACUAGCAAAACAAUACGCGUGCGCGCUCGUUCAUUCAACGCCCUCUUUACUGUUGUCUUCAGCUUUGCUUUCAACUCAGCCAGAAUUGCCGUUAAAGUCAGCCUACCGCCACAAUGCCAAAAGAAGAUCCAUUUGUAAAUCGCGCCCAGUUGCUGAAAGCUAUCAAAAAGUAUCCGGAGAUAUGGGAUUCAAACAACAAACUGCACAUGUGUCGCAGCGUCACAGCGCCCAUGUGGAACGAGAUAGCUGAACAGUUUGGCGGCCACGUGCCAACAGUCAAACUGCAGUCGAUAUGGAGUCAAAUGAAGUACCACUACCACAAUCUCGUGCAUCGCCAGAUCCUCCAUAAGGAACGUUUCACCACGAAGUGGGAGCAUUUCGAACCGAUGUCUUUCAUGUACAACAUCACCGUGGCGAAGAUAGUGGGUGCAGCCGGUGGCAACGAUGGCAGUCAACAGCAUUUGCAGUCACCAACAUCAGUUUCAUUGCCCACACCACCGCCAACACCAACAGCACCGCAAACGCAGGGACGCGGGCGUCCAAGUGGUAGUUUCACAUGGUUGCCGCCACAAUCACAAACACAGCCUCAAACACAACAACAGCAAGAACAUCAAUUGCAACAACAGCUAGUGCAGAGUCCCUUAUUAGCGGCACAUAAUCAAACACAACCUCAAUUGCAUGACCAACUGAGUCCAAGUGGUUUACCACAACCAUUGCUUACGUCGACACCACUAACACCCCAAACGGAGGUAAGCGUUGAGACGAGCCCUUUUAUUGGCUUCACUGGGCUCGUGCCACCGGCGGCCAUAACCGUGGAGGCCACAACAACGCCGAUGCGUAAACCGGGCCGCCCAGGUUCGAUGAACAACAGCAUGCGUGGACGCAUCAUCGACGUAAUCAAAGAGCAUCCGCCUUUGUGGGCUGGACGACAGCAGGAGACUAUACCAGGCCAGCGUAAGACGCAGAAUCGUACUUCGGCAGUUUGGAAAGAAGUUGCGGCGCAAUUGGGACUCACAGCAAGCCUCGUGCAAACGCGCUGGUCCAUCAUCAAACAGCGCUACGUGGACGAAUUACAGAAGGAACGACGCGCUCACUUCACUCAACAAUCCUUUCACUCCACUUGGGAACACUUCGAACGCAUGGAAUUCAUGCGUGACAUACUUAUCAAGAAGGUGGACGAGCGUGAACAAACACGUGAGCAAAUACAAGAGAUCGUAAGCGAACAUCAGCAAUUGCAAUCGGCGGCGGCACAGCACAUGCGUUACAUGCGCCUGGGUAUGCCGCCACCGAUGAGCAUGUUGGGCACUACGUCGGGCGUUUAUGAGGACGGCGGUGUAGUGGGCAUGGCACCACUGCAUCAAGCGGGUGGUGUAGUAGGCAGCGUUGGUGCUGCGGGUAUAGGAAGAAGGAUGGGUGCCGGGGGACGUGUGAAGACCGAAACGGACUUGGAAUGGGAUCCGUUUGAGAUGAUACUGCAUGUACAUGGCACUGAACCGGCAGCUAAUUGAAGUGUCAGCGAGGUGGAUGUGAAGAAAAGUUUUGAUUAAAUAGAAAGAAAAUAAUAAGGCGGAAUAACUUGGAGGCAUAAAGAGUGUAAACAAGUUUUUGCUGGGUGGCUUGAAGGAUUAUUAAUUUAGCCAGAACCAACCAGAGAAUAUAAAACGAAUUUGAGUAACCUAGAAAUUUGUGAAAAACGUCGUUCUGUCAUAUUUCGAGGGUCCGAGAAUAUCUAACUUAGAGUAUUGACUUGAGAAUGGAUUUCAUUUAUGAGUGGAAGAAGUUACAUAAAAAUCGAUAGGAAUCUGUUAAUAAAAACUACUCAAAGAAAUCGACUGAUAACACCACACUAGGCCAUACAUAACAGCCUUUUAACAAGAAAUAUCAUCUUUAGAGAUAUAAGAAGUAAAUGACUAACUGAAACUACACUGGAGUAUCCGCUGCUAUGCGGAGGGACUUUCUUGGGUGUAUUUGUGACAACAUUUGUAUUUUAUUAAGUCUUUUGGUAGUCUUAUAAAGGGGAAUGAAAAAUAGUUGAUCAAAUCAACCUAAACUAUAAUAACUGUAUUUAGAAACCUUCAAAAGGAAAUGCUAGUAGAGGCAAGACUGAGAUGACGCAACUAUUCAACAAAAUGUCUGCAUAAAAUAUUACUAUUGAAACACUUGAAAUACACUGAAAAAAAUAUCAGUCAAACACGUACUGACAUUUUUUAAUUCGAUAUUUUAUUAUCUACAUAUAUAUGUAUGUGUAAUCUGAAAAAUUGUAUGACUAUGGUAAAAGUAGGUUAAAACUUUGUACACCUUUAUUUAGGAAAACUUGCAAUACAAAAUUCUACUUUCAAAACGUAACUAAAUA